AUGACGCUCCGCAAGCCAGAAUCCGGUGUUGGAAGCGCUUCGGGAGCCGAGUCUGCGCUCGCCGGCCGCGCGCAGGACCGUGCCCAGGGGCACGGCCACGGGUUCCACGAAAUUGAUGCCUCCAAGGACUCCAACGACGACUCGGCGCAGUCCAUCACAGUUAUCGAGCCUGACGUAACGAAUGGCAAGCUAGACGCGGACGGCGCACUGCUCGACGACCGCAUACAGAUACGCCCCGUCAACGACGAGGAUGACACCUCGGUGAUGAUCACAUUCAACCAGAAGGUGUCGCCCUUCAUCAUUGUGCUGACGUUCGUAGCCUCGAUCUCGGGGUUCAUGUUCGGUUACGACACAGGUUACAUCUCCAGUGCGCUGGUCUCCAUCGGCACAGACCUCGACCACCGCGCGCUGACGUACGGAGACAAGGAAAUCAUCACCGCCGCAACGUCGCUGGGUGCACUCAUCAGCUCCAUCUUUGCCGGUACGAGUGCCGACAUCUGGGGCCGUAAGCCAUGUCUCAUGUUUUCCAACCUUCUGUUCACCGUAGGCGCUGUGCUGCAAAUUUCGGCACGCUCUUUCUGGCAGAUGGCCGUGGGUCGUCUCAUCAUGGGUUUCGGUGUGGGCAUUGGGUCUUUGAUCUCUCCCCUCUUCAUCGGUGAGAUCGCACCCAAGAACAUUAGAGGUAGACUUGUUGUUAUCAACUCCCUGUGUCUCACAGGCGGCCAGCUAGUUGCCUACGGUUGUGGUGCCGGUCUGGACAAGGUGCACAAUGGAUGGCGUAUUUUAGUGGGUCUCUCCUUGAUUCCCACAUGCAUCCAGUUCGUGUGCUUUUGGUUCCUGCCCGACACUCCUCGUUACUACGUCAUGAAAGGCAGACUUGAUAAAGCAGCCGAAGUCCUUGGCAAGAGUUAUGUUGAUGCCCCUAGUGAACUCAUCCAUCAGAAGAUCCAGGAACUCAACGCCCUCAAUCGUACCAUACCGGGCGACACUAUCCCAAAGAAGGUUUGGAACACAAUCAAGGAAAUACACACCGUUCCUUCCAAUUUCAGAGCUCUCAUCCUAGGGUGCGCCUUGCAAGGAAUUCAGCAAUUCUGUGGUUGGAACUCGUUGAUGUAUUUCUCUGGCACCAUCUUUGAGACCGUUGGAUUCAGCGAUUCUGCUGCCGUCUCCAUAGUCGUUGCAGGCACCAACUUUGUUUUCACUCUAGUGGCAUUUUUCGCUAUUGACCGUAUCGGCCGUAGAUGCAUCCUGUUGAUUGGUUUGCCAGGUAUGUGCGGUUCUCUGAUCGUCUGUGCCGUGGCGUUCCACUUCCUUGGUGUUCAUUUCGAGGGUGGCGGCCAAGCAACCAUUGAACAUCAGGGUUUCAGCGCAUGGGGCAUUAUCGUGAUUCUCUCCAUUAUUUUCUACGCUGCAUUUUACGCUCUCGGAAUUGGUACGGUUCCAUGGCAACAAUCUGAGCUGUUCCCACAAGCCGUUAGGGGUAUCGGGACGUCGUACUCCACUGCGACAAACUGGGGUGGUUCCUUGGUUAUUGCUUCAACUUUCUUAACCAUGUUGCAAAACAUAACGCCAACCGGUACCUUCGCGCUGUUCGCUGGCUUGUCGCUGGUAUCUUUCUUUUUCUGUUACUUCUGCUACCCAGAACUUUCCGGCUUGGAGCUGGAGGAAGUGCAGAUGAUUCUAAAGGAUGGUUUCAACAUCAAAGCAUCAAAGACCCUAGCCAAGAAACGGAAGCAGCAGUUGGCUGCCCAAAAAAACUCCUCUGGCAACGGCGACUUGCAUGACUACCACAAGAGCAAGCCCUCUGACGAGCUUAUGGAAUGCUAA